AUGUCUCAGAUGUUUGGUCCGAAAAUACCACGGCGCUUUGUGGAGCCUCUUCAGAAGAUGCCCUUUGGGCGGUUGGCGCUUUGGGGACCUGCGGACCCCGAAGAGGUUACGCGCUUAUACCUGAACUUCCUCGAACCUGCGGCAGACUUCAUGACCACUUGUCGGGGCCGCAAGCUGCACAGCAUGCACAUGGAGUUUGACGAAGAGGUGCCCUGCUCCCGCCUCAGUCAUGUCGCGAGCUUCGCAACGCACUGGGAAGCGCUGGACCUCGCUGCCCAGGAGGCCCAGGAUGUCAUCGAGGCUACUAGCCAGCUGCAGCUCAGUCGGCUGCCUGGUCUACCGACCCCGUCGACCUCCAAUGUUCUGGAGGUACAGCAGGCGUCCCUCCAGCCUGACGCUCCUCGCUACAAAUUGCGCUGGGGCCUAAAAGAGGACUUUGGACUUCGUGUUUGCACAGCCUUGCUGUGGCAUGGCGAUCCCGAGGAGGACUUGCUCCACCCGGGCUUGGU